AUGUGCCUGAUUCACAAGGCACCAGACAGUAACAUCAAUUGGCCUUUCAACAUGUCAAUCGAAUAUGAACUUUGCCCGAGGCUUCACAAUUUUCCACUUUGCCGAGUGGCCACAAAUGGCAUGUUUUGCACACCAACACGACUUGUGCCUGCCACCUCACCUAACCCUCCCGAUACAUUUUCUUCCUUUCGAUCCUGGGACAUAGCUGAAGGUGCCAAGCUUAGUAGAAAAUGGCCAGGAGGUCUUUGUGUGGCCACUGUGCCUGGGCUUGUGCGUCUCAAACCGUCCAGACGACAGGUAUGGUGA